AUGGUACCAGCAUUUGGCUUUUCCGUAGGAGAUUUUGUUCAAUUAAUUGGUGAGUAAUUGCGUCAGAUAUAGACGUACUUGUUAAUAUGUUGAGUAGACCUCUGUACAAGAAUAUCAAAAGCAUUACGAAAUACAGCCUUUGGCGCUUCGUCGGAAUUCCAACAUGUGAUGCUCGAGUUAGGUGCUCUACAAAAGAUCCUCUCACAACUCGCUGCCCUCACACCGAACGAGCACAACGCCCAUCAUGUCAAUGCCAUUCGUGGGAUGGCGCUCGCAUGUCAGGUUCCCUUGCAGGAAUUCCUCGUCAAAAUUGAACACUAUGAAAAAACCCUGGGACCUUGGGCGAGGACUUCGCUGAGCGUAGCAGCAAAAAAGGCAAAAUGGGCUGUGUUUGUUGCUGAAGAUGUGGUGAAGUUUCGGGCUUUAAUAUCGGCAAAAAUCAUUAGCAUCAAUCUACUCCUUUGCCUCCAAAUUUCGGAGACAAUUUCUACCCAGGGUAGACGAGCCGGAAAGAGACACAAUCAACUGAUGAUGAGCAUUGAAAUGCAUCGUUCGAAAAUCGACUCACUUUCAAAAGAAUCCAGAGAAAUGCGAGACGAUAUGAUCCAUUCACAAAGAUCUACAAAUCGAAAAAUCAGUGAGCUAAAAGGCGAUAUCGAAUCCAAGCUUGAAAAGGUAUCGGAGAACACAACGAGACUUGCACAGAGUUACAACUCAAUGAACCUUCUCCUGUUCUCAUCCCGUGCUUCUUUCUUCUGUCUUCGAGUACUGUCGGCACAGGUCUUGAACUUUCUUCGCGCCUUUCCAGCUGAAAUCCGCGCUUUGCUGGAAAAGAUUUUACGGGUAAAUAUGCAAAUGUAUGCGACACUGGUCAGGAUCCAAACCCAGCUAGCUUCAUCGCCGCAAUUUCCAGGCACGGAGAACAUCGUCUUUGAGGAUGGUCUGGGUGUUGUGAGGGAGUUACCUUAUGAGUGGUUUAAACAUUGGGAGGUGAGCCACUACGAUGGUCUUCGGUGAGUAGUAAGACUUACACUGACGUCUUACCAGACCUUCAGUGGUCUCCUUCAAGUAGAAUUUAAAAACACGCCAGGAAGAAAUAAAAUCAUGAGGGGCGAAUACUAUCUAACAAGCUCUCGAUGGCCCAGUACAGCGAUCCAGCCAGAAAAUUGGCAGGUUUCUAUUUACCCUGGAGUCAGAAUCACAAUGCACAUAUUAAUGAGAAAUGAGGUUUAUGGAUAUGUCUGCCCACGCCCUGGAUGUGGGCAGAUUUUGCGUUUCCGACCAGAUAAAUUGAUAAGUACUAAUUGGUAUGAAUAUCUCUCUUGUUGUGUGUUUCGUAUAUUACUAAAACUACGCUGCAGCGAACGGCGUGGCUAAAAAUGUACAAUAUUUGCACCUGAGAACAGCCACUCCCGCAAGCACUUAGUCGAGAAUGCUCUUAGUAAGGUCCUCAAAAUUCAAGUCAAAGUAGAAGAAGAGCUCAAACUAUUGGGCUUUUGAGAAAUUUUCUCAGCUUAUCUUGAUAAGGUCGAUUGGACACCGCGAUGUUUUGCGACAAGGAUAGAGGCCGAAGCAGGAUGUUCUACAAGAUUUUGCAGGCAUACUCUAUCACAACAUUCUUCCGACGGUCUGGAAAUUUUUCCUGAAACCUUUCCUUUAAUCACACAGCUCAGUCAUUUAUCGUCACAGCCCGGGCAUUUCCCCGGGCUUGUCACUCUUUUUCGAAUCGUGGAUGCGUUCUGGAAUAUGGCAUAUCUGCGCAAGGAGGAAGGGGAAGAGAUUGAAUUUUACCGAAACUUGGGUAUCCAUUCUACUGGAAAAAGUCAUGAGGACUUGUUGUUGGCCACCGACGGACUCGCUCUUCGGCUCGGCUUCGCGGUCUUCAGGGAAAAGGCAUUGAGCUCCGCCCAUUUGGAUAAACCAGUCCCUCUCAUUGACUGGCCUCAUCAAAUCUGGAAUGGUGAGGUGAGAAUUGAAGCUAAUCAUAUUGCAGCAGAAGGUAUGUGUCCCUAUACUUUUCUCCCACCAAUCCUCUUUUAGAGCUAGAGUUUGAUACAUAAUAGAACAAGCUGGCUGUGAAUGAUGUUGGGAAGUCUAAACAUACAGAUGGCCAAGGAUUUUCCGAGUCCAACUGA